ACUUGUCUGCAUGUUAACUUUUUCAACCCAUGAAGUAAACACCAACUCCUUUAUCUUUUGGGGAAAGAGAAAAAAAAGAAGAAAAACAGAAAAGUUGUUUAUCUCCUUCCUCGAAUAUAUAAGCACCGUUUUCUGACGCCAAUCCAACCGAAUGGUGCAUGCAAGGGUCAGCAGAGUCAGAUUAAAGGAUGUGAACAGAAGAAUAAUUGAUGAUGAAUGGAACAAGAAACAUAAUGGCAUGAUUUUCCCACAUGUCACCGUUUAAAGCCUCAAAAUGUACAUAGUUGGCCACGUGUCAAGAGCUAGCAAACGUGGCAUGUUGUUGUGACGACAAGAAGAUUUGGUUUUCUUGUGAGAACUGAGAACUCAAUGUACGUGGCAGUUCAGGGCUGUUGUUGUUGUCUCAGUUGUUCAGAGAAUCAAAGCUUAUUUAGUGCACAUCAUAUGCGAGUCCUCAGACUCUGAACUACAUGCUUUUGUUCAUCAUAGUAGUAGUGGAGAGGUCUUUCAUUAUUCAGUUGGAUUUAGCACCACCAAGAUGAAGGUUCAAGAAACGAGGUCGCAUGUUCAUGCACUUGGGGAAGAAGAGAAGGUGAUGACAAGGAAGCAGAAGGCUGAGUCCAAGGCACAUGAAGUGGAACAUUCUCCAAAGAAGGCCAAGGUGGAAAAAGAAGAUGGCCACAUCAACGGGAAAUCUUAUACUGGCGUUGCAGAAGAAUAUGAUGAGUUCUGCAAAGCCACAACCGAGCACCUUCCUUUGGAACAAAUGAGAGACAUUCUGGAGGCCAAUGGCCUUGAUUCUUCUGGCUCUGAUCUUGAAAUUACAAGAAGAUGCCAAGACUUGCUGUUUUAUGGUGCAUUGGACAAAUGCUCGGUUUGCAAUGGGAGUUUGGAGUUUGAUGGCAGACGUUAUGUUUGCAGAGGGUUCUACAGUGAGUGGGCUAGUUGCACUUUCAGCACCAGAAACCCUCCAAGGAAACAGGAACCCAUUAAGUUACCUGAUUCUGUUCAGAACUCUCUGGCUUCAGACUUGCUAAAGAAAUAUCAGGACCCGAGUCACAGGCCUCACAGGGAUCUAGGCUUAGCAGAAAAACCCUUUACUGGAAUGAUGAUCUCUCUGAUGGGUCGUCUUACUCGGACACACCAUUAUUGGAAAACAACUAUUGAAAAGCAUGGAGGGAAGGUGGCAAACUCUAUAAUUGGGUCAACUUGUUUGGUAGCUUCACCUGCUGAGCGAGAACGUGGUGGCACAUCCAAACUUGCAGAAGCCAUGGAGAGGAGUAUACCAGUGGUUAGGGAGGCUUGGUUGAUUGACAGCAUUGAAAAGCAAGAACCACAACCUUUGGAAGCUUAUGAUCUUGUCUCUGAUCUUUCUGUGGAUGGCAAGGGUAUCCCCUGGGACAAACAAGAUCCUGGGGAAGAGGCUAUCGAAUCACUCUCAGCAGAACUCAAGCUUUAUGGGAAGAGAGGAGUCUAUAAAGAUACCAAGUUGCAGGAACAAGGUGGAAAGAUAUUUGAAAGAGAUGGGAUACUAUACAACUGUGCCUUCUCUGUUUGUGACCAAGGGCGAGGACUGAAUGACUACUGUGUCAUGCAACUGAUUGUUGUCCCAGAGAAUCGUUUGCAUCUGUACUUUAAGAAAGGGAGAGUUGGGGAUGAUCCAAAUGCAGAGGAGCGAUUAGAAGAGUGGGACAAUGUAGAUGGUGCUCUGAAAGAGUUUGUGAGGCUCUUUGAGGAAAUAACAGGAAAUGAGUUUGAACCUUGGGAAAGAGAGAAGAAGUUCCAAAAGAAACCUUUGAAGUUUUACCCCAUUGACAUGGAUGAUGGAAUUGAAGUUAGACAUGGGGCACUAGGUCUUCGGCAGCUGGGGAUAGCAGCAACACACUGCAAACUUGAGCCUUUGGUUGCAAAUUUUAUGAAGGUCUUGUGCAGCCAGGAGAUAUAUAAGUAUGCAUUGAUGGAGAUGGGUUACGACUGUCCGGACCUUCCAAUAGGAAUGGUUACAAAUCUUCAUCUGAAAAAAUGUGAGGACGUUCUCUUAGAAUUCAUAGACAAGGUGAAAUCAUUGAAAGAGACUGGGCCCAAGGCUGAGGCUGUGUGGACUGAUUUUAGCCAAAGAUGGUUCACUCUGAUGCACUCCACAAGGCCUUUCAAUUUUAGAGAUUACCAAGAGAUUGCAGAUCACGCUGCUGCUGCGUUAGAGGGGGUGAGAGACAUAACCCAGGCUUCUCACCUCAUAGGAGAUAUGACUGGCUCAACCAUUGAUGACCCGUUAUCAGAGACAUACAAGAAAUUGGGUUGCUCAAUUUCUGCCUUGGACAAAAGUUCAGAUGAUUACGAGAUGAUUGUGAAAUACCUUGAAAAAACUUAUGAGCCGGUCAAAGUUGGUGACAUUGAAUAUGGGGUGUCAGUGGAAAACAUUUUUGCGGUUCAAACAGGUGGUUGCCCUUCCUAUGAAGACAUUAUAAAACUACCAAAUAAGGUUCUUCUAUGGUGUGGAUCACGAAGCUCAAACCUCUUGAGGCACUUGCAAAAGGGAUUCUUGCCAGCAAUAUGCUCAUUACCUAUUCCGGGUUAUAUGUUUGGCAAAGCUAUUGUCUGUUCUGAUGCUGCAGCAGAGGCUGCAAGAUAUGGUUUUACUGCUGUGGACAGGCCAGAAGGAUUCUUGGUUUUGGCCAUUGCUUCUCUAGGAAAUGAGAUUACCGAGUUGAAAACCCCACCUGAGGAUGCAUCAUCUUUGGAGGAAAAGAAGGUUGGAGUGAAGGGACCGGGGAAGAAGAAAACAGAUGAAUCGGAGCAUUUUGUUUGGAAAGAUGAUAUAAAAGUUCCUUGCGGUAAACUAGUUGCCUCAGACCAUCAAGAUAGCCCCCUGGAAUACAACGAGUAUGCUGUCUACGAUAAAAAGCGGGCACGCAUAAGCUACUUGGUGAGAGUGAAGUAUGAAGAGAAGGAAGAGAAGGGUGCGGUGAUUGACACAGCUGAAUGAUGGGACCAAAAAGGAUGUAAGGGAAGCUUUUCUUUUUUGUGAUGCGGGAAUUGAAAGCUAUGACCAUCUAUGUACUAGUGGUUUCUCUAGUUAGUGGAAGAUUUAUGUCAUUUUGAUGUAUAUUUACAUGUGAUAAAAUAGGCUGUAUGUGGUGUCACAUUUUGAUGUAUGUAUAGGUAAAUGGCCCGUUAGUUAGGGUAAGUAAAUAUUUUGUCCUACACAUGACGGCAUGAGAAUGGAACUACAUCUAACACUAUGUUGUUUCAGUCCUAGUUGACUACUCUGUCUGUAUGAAUGAGAUGAUAUAGUAGAAAUGGUAUAAUGAUGUCCUUUUGUUUAA